AUGACAACUUUAAGUUUUUUUUCAGCCACUGAAGAUGACUUGUGGCUCUUCCUCAUCCUGGCUGGCCUCGCUCUCAUUUUACUGGGGGUAUUUCUGGAGGAAGUGGGCUUCAUCCUGCACCACAUCCCCUCAUCCAGACGAAAACAGCUCUACCUGUGGAUAUUAGGAAUGUACCCGGUUUUCUCCUUCUCUUCCCUUAUAGCACUGUAUGUGCCAUGUUCAUCCUUGCUAUGUAAUUUCAUUGCUUCACUGUAUGCCUCCAUCACCUUGCUCAAGUUCAUUGAGCUGAUCACAGACUUCUUUGGAGGGAAAGCUUGUUUGUUGGCUGCUUUGUCUGGACAGCAGGUGUCUCCAGAUCCUUUCCCCUGCUGCUGCUGCUGUCUACCAGUGGUGGCCAUCAACAGCAGCCGUGGCUGGAUGAUGGCUGCAGUGCUAUAGCUGUCUGUUGUUCCCAGUAUCCUACUCUUUUUUACUCUGGUCCUGUGGACUGAUGAACAGUACAACUGUGGUGAUGUGAAUCAUUUAUCAAGCUCAGACCUGUCUCUUUUGAUAUCGGUCCAACUAAUGAUCUCCCACUAUGGUGUGAUUGUGGAGACCCGCAACAGUUACCGUAAGGUGGAGCAGAGCAUGUUGGAGGAUGUGGAGCGGUCCCUCAAUGUUCAGCAGGUAGAAAAAGCUUUUCAAACAGAUGACGUGAUGAUGCAGCACAAACUUGGCCGUUAUCUUGUCAGUGCCUCCGAUCCCAGUUACAACGGUGACAGUGAGGACAUCCUGUGCAGGAUAGAGCAUGCACCUCUAGAUGGUUUUCCCUUUCUUCAGGCCAGAGGUCAUCAUCCAGGCAGACCAGAUCCACUGGAGGCCAGGUUUGCAGAGGAGCCAGGUGUAGAUGUGACCAUUACUGUCAGAGCUGAUAUGAACUAUGAGGAAUGUAAAGAUGUUACAACCAUUUGA